AUGGCUUUGCAGCAGCAGUCGCAACUGCUGCAGGAGAGCGAUGAUUUUGACAUGGAUGCCAUGAUUGGUGCCCUGGACAGCUUGAUCGAGGCCUUCCAAGUUUGCCAAGUGGAUAGUGAUGCACAUUUCAUCCUCCAUGGCAGCAGCCCCGACGUAGAGUUGACCUGCGUUUGCCUUUCGCACUUGGGUCUCUUAUACAAACACCUGGGCAUGAUGAAGCAAGCAGAGAGGCGCUACUACGAUUGCAUCAGCCAGGCCUUGAGCAUGCGUGCUCAAGACUUGGAUGUGAGCUCAGUGAUUUCGGGUUGUCCGCUCAAGGGUGAGCUGUACCAGAAGCAAUGGUUUUUGGACGCCACUAAGUUCAUGCGAGACGUGCAGGCCAAGCGGCAGCAAGAGAUAGAGGCCAAGCGUCUUUGCCGCCUCGCCCUAAUCGAAGAGGAAGUGAAGCAACUGCACGCCAACGGCAACACGCUCGAGGCGCUCAGCCAAUGGCUUACCAAGCGCUACCCACGGGCUGAGGCACUGGAGCCCUUGUCAGACCCUCCGCCAAAGGCCAACUUUUUUCGCUUCCAGUUGGCGUACUCGCCUGAUAAACAGCAAGGCAAGACUCCGCCGCCAUCGUGGACGAAGUCCUCUGAGUCCUGGAACGACUUUUGCACAGAAGUUGCCAAGAAGUUGAAUUACUACUACGAGGUGCUCCUCAAGGGGAUGAACUAG